GCAUCACAUUUCUGCUCACAGUCGCACUCGCAAAUGACUCCGGGGGACCCCAUCUUGUGAACUCACAUCAAAAGAAAACCUCAGAAAUAUUUUUUCCCUACGAACGCAAAAAUGUUGCAAUUCAGAAGAACUUUUGAGAGCGAAAAGCAUCAACUGCAGGAGCUCAACGACAGGCUUGCCCAGUACCUAUCAAGAACCAAGCAGCUGGAGCAGGAAAACUCAUGUCUAAUUGCCGAAAUCAAUCAAAUCAGGCAAGCGAAGACGUCGGAGUGGGAACAGAAAUACAAAGCUGAGAUGCGGGAUCUGAGGAGAAUGGUGGGACAGCUGUCGUUUGAGAAGUCCCAGGCUGAGAUGGAGAGGGAGAAGCUAUGGCGAGAGUUACAGAUGGUUCAGUCUCUGUUCAGCCAGGAGACUGAGGUGUGCAGAGACAUCGGAGGCGAGCUCAAAGGCUGUGAGAUAGAGCUCCAACACGCCCAUAAAACCAACACUGAACUCGAGCAGCUUUUACUGAAACUAGACAAUGAGUAUAAAUGCUUAGAGGAAGCCCACAGGCACGAAAUUGCCAAUCUCCGACGUCAGGUCGACUCUCGGGUGGUACCCAUCAUCACGCAAACUUACCACGGGCCUCCGGCGGUCUCCCUGGAGGAGGUCCAGCAGUAUGCACGCGGUCUGUCCGAGGGAUGGAUUGAAACCUUUGAAAUGUAUCAGCAAAAGGUUGAAGAGAUGGAGCAGUCGAUUAAAGCGGACCAGGCAAGACUGAACGACCUGCAGAGGGAAAAGGUGCAGUACGCCGCAGAAAUCGACAGGCUGCGCGCCGAGGGGGAGAAGCAAGGCCAGAUUCAAAUGCAUCUUGAAGAGCAAUUAAUGCAUAUGCAGGAAAAAUUCCGUGCGGAUUUCACAGAGUAUCAGAUGAUUAUUGAGCAGCUGCAGCAUGAGCGGAAUAUGCUGACUGACAGCAUGGCAGAGAAGCUGCGGGAGCAUCAGCACCUCCUUCAAGUCAAGAUGGAUCUGGGCAUGGAAGUGGCUGCCUACAGGGCCCUCCUGGAAGGCGAGAGAGUAGAUCACCAAGGAUCACACAGGAGGAUAAAUCAACACCAAAGAGAAAGAAUAAUAGAUAUCAAGAUGCCUUCCCAACCUUACACUCCAAGAGUUUCCACCUCCACCAGACAACACCUGGAUGUCAGGUACACAGAGCAGACUUCAAACCUGAGAAGAUCUCCUGUGCCUCACUCUGGGUCCAUUAGUCCGUCUAGAGUCGUUCCUAUUUCAGUUACAGGCAGGGCUCAGCAUCAGAGUCCUGCAUCCAGGAGAGACAUGAUCUCCUUCACAAAAGCUCGGGCUGAAGCCUCUGCAUCUGCCACCACCAAAGAAAAACAAGAGCAAAGUAGCCAAAAUUUGCAGAAAAAAUCAGCAGAAGAAAAAACUGUGACAACCAGACAGGUGUCACCUCCUGAGAGGGAAUACAGCUCCUUCAACUCCACAGCUUACCCCAAACCAGUGAGGGUGGUGUCACCACCAAUGAUGACCCUGGGCAGUAGCACAGAGGUGGAGAACAAAAGGAAAGUGAGUGAUGAAAAGGAGCAGACCUUUAAAGAGAGUGAUUUCAAAGGUAAAGACAAAAUAGAGUCUAAAACAAGCCCAAGUGAGAAAAACAUAUUAGAGUCUACAGCUGUGGAGGAGAUCAUCGAGAGAGUGUUAAAACCAGCAGGUUUAGAUGCCAAACUGAGCUCACCUGGAGACUCGAAGGUCACAUACCAUGUGGAGAAAACCAAGCACGAGGAUGGCACAACUAAGACACAGAUUGUGUUGGAGUCCAAGGUGGAGGAGGAGCUGGAUGUCUCUGAGGACACUGCCCUGGAGGAGCUCCUCAGCAAGGGGGUGAAAACAGUAUCACUGGAGGCCAUCAAAGACACAGCAACAGGAGGUAUGAUCCAGAAUUUGCUAAGUGGCCUGCAUGGAGCAGAUAUCUUGGAAAGCAAGUCAGUCAAUGUAGAAAUCAUUGAGGAACCUGUGGAGUCUCACAGUGAUGAGGAGUACGAGAUUGAGCACCAGUCCAUGUCGAGUUUUUCUCAGCCCUCCUCAACAUAUUUCCAAAUUGAAGAGCUUGAGAAUGUCUCUCAGGACCCUAAAGAGCAAAGAAGUGCUGAUGAUGAUGCCUUGAAAACCUUCAUGGCAGACACAGGUUAUGGCAAAGGUGGAUCUGUUAAAGUUCAAGAGGUUUCUAGAGAAAGCGAAUCACCAUACUUCUCCCAUGACCAGGAACCUCAUGAGUAUUUUGUCUCUACACCAGAUGAAAAUCUGUCUGAACCCGAAGAAGGUGGUGGCAUAACCUCAUAUGGCCAUUAUGGUGUAGUAGAUGACCUAUCAGAUGAGAGAUAUUACCAAGACGAAGGUCCUCCACUGAAUAGAAUGACUGCUGAGGAAAGUGACGAAUAUAAGUUCAUGUCAAGUGAUCACUCAUUUGUAAAAGAGAGUUUCCCAGAGUGCAUAAUUGAAGAGGAGAUUCAUGUCUCCCCUACAGUCCAGGAGUCAGUGCUUGAAUUCCUUAAAGAGGACUCUUUGGAUGCCAAAGAUCAGCUAAAGGGAACUCUAGAGAAGAUACAGGACUCAGUGUCAGGUCCACUGAAAGAUGAAUUGGCUUUCUUCACAAGAGCAAGUUGUGAAAGUCCUGAAAAGUUGACUGUCGAUAUCAAAAAAGCGCAGCAGUCAAGCAACAAUGGAACCAUGACAAUUGUUGCAGAGCUGAAUGUCUCUCAGUCUCUGGAAGAUUCUGGGCUGCUGGAGGCAGAAGGGGAUGAUCUAUCUGAGGAGCAGAUCAUGGCAGCUCUUCAGGCUUCUAAUCCAGGGCUUGAGAAAGCCCUACGGGAGGGAGCAGGGGGAGGGUAUAGUGUGAGGGUCUCUAGAGAUCAGGAUGUUACACAUGGUGAAUGGGCAGAAGGCUUCACCACAAGAGAGUCUGUGACUGACAUCACUGAGAGUCAUAUCAAGUCCACCUUUCAAAUGGAUGUAAACAACAGCCAAGCUCAGGCCAGCUCAGAGCAAGAACUGCAAACCCAGAUUUUGGAUACUCCACUGAAAGUUUCUCAUGAGAAGAGAGUUGCAACAGUUUUCCUGGAAAGCCCCACAGAUGACUGAUAAAGAGUCAAGUCAAUAAUGUUACUUGCCAAUUUGACACUUGCUGAACAGGACAUCCACAGGGUGUUGUCAUGCAGCAGUCCAAACACUUAACAUUACAUCGGCCUCAGCCUAUCUAAUUAUGCUGUAAUUCUUACAGUAACAAUAUACUAGAUAGUAAUGCAUUGGCUUAGGUGUGUUACUGUAGCUGUGUUUCUUAUGGAUUUGGCUAUACCCAGUUCAUCUUCAGUGCUACUCCUAUCAUUGCAAAUAAAUUGAGUUGUUAUAUUGCAUUGGUGAAUACUCACUUUAGGGUUUUAAUUGCAGCAUUACUACACAGCCAUAAAAUACUUCAUGGUACCAUACCAUACCAUGUAGAUUAGCUUCAGUUAGGGCAGCAAUGUCUAAAUAUAGUAGCAACCUUUUAUUGCAGUAUUUUGAUGGAAUAUUUUGUUGGCAUUAGUUGACUCUUCAUAGUUUUCAGAUUAUCUUUAAACAGAUUUCUUUAAUAUUCUCUUUAGAUUUCUCUAUUUUUGUACUAACCUGGGCUACACAGAUGAAAUCUUUCUUUUUGAUAGCAACACUGCAACCAUACUGUAUGUAAUGAUGUUAGCAUAUAUACAUAUAUAUAUAUAUAUAUAUAUCCUGGAAGAGAGUGGUUUAUGUCAAGUAGUAGUAACUGACUUGUAGAGAACAUAGUGAAGCUUAGCUGUGGAUGAGAAAAGGUAUAUGCAAGUUUCUUAGAAACGUGGGGGGAAAAUUUGAUUUGAAGAGGUCCCUAGACUUUUUGACAUUUAACUAGAGCUACUGUGCAAGUACAGCCAAGUUGCAUCUUCAAAGAGAUAAAGAUGAAAACUUGGAAAUAUGUUUAAAAAAAAAAAAAAAAAAAAGAACGGAGACCUGUACUUUAUUGUUGUAGUCACCGAAUAGCAAUUUGUUUUUACCUUUGAAAGGUUUAGGGAGCUUGAUGGAAUCCCCCUUCCUGAAUUCCAAAGAGGAUGAAAGCCCGCAAGUGGUAGAGGAUGAAAUAAAGAAGAUGGAAAACAAUGAAUUUAAAGGGAUGCAGCCUUAGUGUUGUCAGGGAAAAUAAAUAAAAUCACAGAUUUUCACAAUAUAUCUGGUUUGAACACCUUUUGCCUGCCUUGUACACAUACUGUAGCUUGAUCAGUGUUGGCCUGCAGGAUUCACCUUUGCUCUGAGAUGAGAGUGUGUUGAUGACCUGUGGCUAUUUUUGGAUCAUCAGCUUAGUCGAGUGUUCACAUGGGUGUGUUGUGUACUAGCUGUAGAUACAAGAAGUGGUCCAAUAGGGUUGCAGCUUGUUGCGCAUUUUGUGCUUUUUCCUAAGCUGCUGUGGAUCUCUCACUUGGUAAACCCUGAGGAGUGUCUUCACAGAUCAGCUUAUUGGCACUGUCUGUCAUGCUAAAGAAUAGUGUAGCAAGGCAGCAUUGAGUGUGGAUUUCAUUCUUUGAAACCGAAAACACAUUUUUCACUUUGUGAGAUGGAAAAAAAAAAAAAAGAUUUAUUGCAUAUUGGUGCCAAGAUACAGUACAUUUGCAUAUUAUAUUUGCUGUUACACAACUUGCAAUAUUAUUUGAGAUAUGACUCUGGAAUCCCUUUUGUUUUAUCAGUGCACUUAAAGAGUGACGUAAUAAAGCAAUCAUUUGUUAGAUUAGUUUUUACAUAAUCAUUUGGACCAUGUGUGCCAUUUCAUAGUGUAAACUAGCGUGCAUCCAUAUGCACAAAAUACAUACAUACAUAUAUACAGUAACUAGCAUGUUUCCAACUUGGCACCACAAUAUCAUCAGUUUUCUUGAAAUUCUAAUUUCUAUUGAAAAAAUGAUAAUUUUUGUUUUGAUUAAUAUAGAUUGCAGCCUUAAAUUGGACACUGACUCAUAUAUUAAGAACAAUUAAAUACCACUGUGACUGAAA